CUUAAUAACAAGAACUAUCAAGAUGGCUGAUAACAAGUUCUUUUGUCGCAUGUACGAGAAUGAGUUCCCCAAAGUUGACGAUGUUGUCAUGGUCAAUGUCCGUCAGAUUGCUGAUAUGGGUGCUUAUGUCAAACUUCUUGAAUAUGGAGACAGAGAAGGUAUGAUCUUGCUUUCCGAAUUGUCCAGAAGACGUAUUCGUUCAGUCCAAAAGUUGAUUCGUGUUGGCAGAGAUGAAGUCGUUGUUGUUCUUAGAGUCGAUGAAGAAAAAGGUUAUAUCGAUUUAUCUAAGCGUCGUGUUACUCCCGAAGAUAUCAUCAAGUGUGAAGAGAAAUACAACAAGUCAAAAGCUGUUCACUCUAUUUUACGUCAUGUUGCUGAAAAGAACGAUGUGCCUCUUCAAGAUUUAUAUGAAACCAUUGGUUGGCCCUUGUAUAGAAAGUUUGGCCAUGCCUACGAUGCUUUUAAGAUUGCCAUCAUUGAUGCUGACAGUGUUUUCCAAGGCAUGGAAAUUGCUCCCGAAGUUCUCAAGGAAUUAUUAUUUAUUAUCAAACGUAGAAUGACACCUCACCCUGUCAAAAUUCGUGCUCAACUUGAUAUUAGAUGUACUGGCAUUGAUGGUGUGAAUGCCAUUAAGGCUGCCUUGAAGGCUGGUGAAUCUGUUGGUUCAGAAGACAUUCCUAUCAAGAUCACUUAUUUGGCUGCACCUUUCUAUGUUGUCACUGUUGAUUCCUUGGACAAGAAACUCGGUUUCGAGAUCAUUGAGAAGAGUAUCGAGGCAAUAAAGACAGAAUUGGAUAAGUAUGCUUGGACUAAAUUCAAGGUUGAAAAGGAAGCUAAGUUGGUCUCUGAUUCUGAUGACCGUGACUUCGCUGCUCUUUUGGCUCAAGCAGAAAAGGAAAAUGAACUUGUCAGUGGCGAUGAAGAUGAAGGUGAUGCUGUUGCUGCUAGUGAUGAUGAUAUGUAGAUUUAAUAAAGUAGUGAAAAAGUAUGCUUUUUUUGUCGGUGUUUCUAUUAUUUUGCCAAGGUUUUUAAGCAC